AUGUCGACGCCCAACGAGGACCCCAGCCUCUCGUCGACGCCUACCCCGUCCAGUCAUAUGCACAGGUCAUUCAGCCAAGAUAGCAGUCACCGACUGCAGGGGUCGUCUGGCUACUUCCCCCCCUCCCACCCGUCCACGCGUCCGACGCCCAUUCUCGUGCGCAGCUCGUCCGCGCACUCGGCCCGUCGUGCACCGCGCAGCACCAGCGUCAGCAGCUCCCAUGUCACCUCCCGAGGCUUCCGCGACGACGCGCUGCUGAGUGAGGCCGACGAGGACGAAUACGACGACCUCGAUGCGGACGAGGACGAUGCGGACACCGGCGCUGGCGUCCUCCGCCGCGGCACUCGUCACGGAAAACAGGCCGCGACCGACCCCCCUGAGCUCGACACACCACCGGACGCUGACCUAGACGAGGACGAUCCCAUCACGCUGCGCGAUCGGCAAUCCCUCAUCAAUGUUGAGCAUCCCUUCGGACUGCCCAUUUGGAAACCCGCGCUGUACAAAAAGAGUCGGUCGGUCACCCGCUAUGCUGAUGCUGCGCUGCACUCGGUGCCCUCGGCACAGGCAGAGCGCCAUCUCUACCCGGGCAAUAUCUUCUGGGUGAUUUGUUUCGGAUGGUGGCUUGCUGCGGUGUGCAUGAUUGUAUCCGGCUUGUUGUAUCUGGUCCCGGAUGGCGGCAAGCGCUAUUCCACUUUGGUCUAUGGACUGGGUUGGUAUCUCGCCUGGCCUUUCGGCAAAUAUGUCGAAGGCGAAGCCGAUUCCGACGAUGAAGGAGAUGGCGAAGAUGACGACGGAGAUUAUCACGCUGAUGAGGAGGCGACUGCUGGCCGACGGGAAACUGACUCCAGUGCCGACGAGGGAACGAUCCGUGGUGUGCCAUUAUCGGCCGCCUCGACCAUCAUGCCGCAACAUGUUCAAACGCUGUCCUGGAGCCCGGUUGUUGAGCGAGCCACUCCCUCGAACGAGGGUUCUUCUCUUCUGCACCGGGUGCCUCCUCCGUCUCGCUCGUAUGGUGCCACAAUGUCUACUACAUCGUCGACCGAUAGCUCCAUUGGGGCUGCCAAAGCUGCCACCUCGCCGAACGCUGACACAUUGGGACGAAUCUGCUUCUGGCUUUCCUUUGUGGCUGUCAUUGCACCCUUGAUGCUUAUCGUGUGCCUUCUCUGCUGGGCUCUGGUUGUGACCAUACCGAUGGCCAAGCUCAAUUGGGCGCUCAUCAAAUACAUCUUCGCGCAAGCGCACACUAUCCGCUUCUGUGCUGCUCCGCCUGCUGUCGUCGUUGCAUCUCCCCCGGCUGAUGGCGCGGAAGCUGAUGACGAAGAAGGCGGGCCGUCGCAGUUCUCCGUCAAGCAUCCACGUCUUGCAGAGGGCAAUCGGGCUCCAGGCAACACAGCAUCUAAAGUGCUGCUCUGUGUCUAUCGUGCGACGGGAUCCCAAUUCUACAAAUACACUAUUGGCGGUGUGAACAUCAUCUUCGUCAAUCUUGUCCCGCUCGUCUUCCUCGUGAUCUUUGAUGGAUUCGUGCUCCUCCCACUCGUCGAGAAGCGGGAGAAACAUGGACAUCAUGUGCCGGCUUUGCUUGCCCUGCUGGCGGGCCGCGAAUUCUUGUUUGUGCUGUCGCUGCUCAGUGUCAUUCCGUUGAGUUAUUUCAUCGGCAUGGCUGUGGCGAGUAUCUCUGCGCAGAGCAGCAUUGGCAUGGGCGCUGUGAUCAACGCAACAUUCGGUUCAAUCAUUGAAAUUAUCCUUUACGGACUGAUGCUCAAAGAGAACAAGGGCCAUCUCGUGGAAGGUUCCAUUGUCGGCAGUCUGCUCGCUGGAGUGUUGUUGAUGCCCGGAAUGAGUAUGUGCAGUGGCGCAUUCCGGCGCAAGGAACAGCGGUUCAACGCAAAGAGUGCUGGUGUUACCAGUAUGAUGUUGAUUAUGGCCAUCAUCGGCACGCUCGCCCCGACGCUGUUUUAUCAAACCUAUGGCAAUGUGAUUCCGGCUGAUUUGCACCGGCUGUCCUUCCGGACACACUCGUCGGAUAUGCCUUGGGUCUGCGACUCUUGCUACUACAAGCACCCCGAUCCUGUCGACGAUCCAUUCUAUCAAUCCACCGUUAAAAGCCUGAUGUACUUUUGUGCGGCGAUCCUGCUUUUCUCUUAUCUGAUCGGUCUAUGGUUCUCGCUGAGGACGCACGCUACCCAAAUCUGGCAAAACCCACAGCAACUUCUGCAGCCUUUGGAGCUCCCUUUGCAUCAUGGCCAACGUCCGCUUUCUCUCUAUCACCGAACGCGAUUGCAGCACAAGGCCAGCACACGAAGCGAGCGAUCGCAGACGCCCCUCGGAGCCCAACAACCGCAGCCCCCCGCCAGCCCCAAUCUGGCCCGCCGAGUUUCCUAUGCUCCGGCCGGUUUCUCUCCCGUCUUGGAAAGUGUCGACCAUGUGGUUAAGGGUGUUCAGCCUCUGAGCCUUCCGGAGCCGUUAUCCACUGACGAGUUCACCCGCGCUGUGGCUGUGGCGACUGUGAGCGCGCUCCGCCAUCAACAAGCGCAAACACUGCCUCAUUCGCCUGCUCGGACUCGGGCUGCUGGUGGAGAGGAGCAUGCUGCUGCUGCUGGAGGCGGGCACGGUGGGCACGAAGCGCCCAGCUGGAGCCGCAUGACCAGUGCGAGUGUGUUGCUGAUUUGCACAGCUCUCUACGCUGCCAUCGCUGAGAUCCUCGUUGACGUGGUUGAUGUUAUCUUAGAAGGGUCUGGGCUGCAGGAGAAAUUCCUCGGCGUGACUCUCUUUGCCCUGGUGCCGAACACGACUGAGUUUAUGAAUGCCAUGUCGUUUGCGCUCAAUGGCAACAUCGCUCUGAGCAUGGAAAUCGGGUCCGCUUAUGCUCUGCAGGUGUGUCUGUUGCAGAUCCCAGCCAUGGUUGCCUUUUCUGCAUGGUAUGCUCCCGAGAAAAUGGGGGAGGUCGCGUCGACAUUCACGCUCAUCUUCCCUCGCUGGGACGUCGUGGUCAUCAUCCUGUCCAUGUUCCUUAUGACGUACACCUACAUCGAGGCCAAGAGCAACUAUCACCGAGGCAGCAUCCUUAUUCUUAGUUACCUGGUCCUCACUGCCGGCUUCUAUUUCGCGCCGUCUGACGAGGAGGACACGAAUGACCUCACUAGUUCUCGGCACGAAAUCCCUGCGUUGACCCUCUUCCAGACUGCGCGCUGGUACCUUUCCCGGAUGUGGUGAAUGUCAAAAAAUGUUGCCGCAUAUCAUUAUGCAUGUUUUGUCUGGACAGUUCUUCCCGUAGAUAUUGUAUCUCUCAUCCCAAGUUUCCUCUCAAGCGCAUUCAACCACCAUUAGUCAACAAAUAAAUACCUCACGACCCUGUUACGACCCGUUACGACCACUUUAGUGUACAUCCAUUCGUCUAAUACGAUACUCUGGUGGAGCACUU